AUGACUGAAAGUGAUGUGAACUCUAGUUAUCCCUUGACUUACGAGUCAAUAUGCGAGCCAUUCAUUGCCUCACAGUUAAGACAAUUAAGACGUUAUAAAUGCGAUUACAAUGAGUGCCGAAAGGGUUUUGCAACUCAACAGCGAUUGGAUUUACAUAAGAGUAGAAGACAUGUGUCUGGGAAUGACUUCCCGGUGCCCAACCGCAUGCCAGCAACAGCACCGGUAUUGCCUGUGCCUCAAGUCAUUGCAUCUCCAGUGGCAGUAUUAUCGACACCAGAAGUCAUGACGAUCCCAACCCCGGUAUUGCCGGCACCAGAAGUCAUGCCAACAGCACCGGCAUUGCCACCAAUCGCAGCACCGGUAUUGCCGGCACCAGAAGUCACACCGACAACAGCACCGGCAUUGCCAGCAAUCGAAGUCAUGCCAAACACAGCACCUGUAUUGCCGGUAACAAAUAAUAGGAAACGACAUACGAGUGGAACUCCGCCUCAAAAUAAACGCCAAAAACAGUCACAUACUGAGGACAUACCGGCGCUCAACGCAGGAGCCACUCGUACAGAAACCACAGCACCUGAUGGCAGGGAACAACAUUUGGACACUGAAAUACCCAUCACUUCCAACACCAAUGCUAUUCCCAACGCUUGUCAUAACGAAAUCCGUGAUGAGAUGCCGGUGCCUAACAGUCCAAUGAGAAAGCCAGUGCUAACCACCGGCGUCAACACUCCUGAAUCACUUUUCAAGCCAUUCAAAUGCAAUAAAUGUAAUAUAACAUUCAAAAGGGGCUGGCAGUAUAGUAAUCACCAACAGGCCGUCCACUCGUUGCUUUCGGGUGGUACUAAUGUGUCGACUAUUGAUCUAACGGUGACUCCCAAAAGAAAGGCAUUCCGAUGUGAUAAUGAAAACUGUGGCAAAGAAUAUAAAAGUCAAUUUAGUUUGAAUUCACAUAAACGGAAACAACAUAACAUUAAUGGGAACAUACCGGCGCUCAACACCACAUCCAUUGACACUCAAGUGCCCAACACUAACACCACUAACCCGUGCCUUAAUGAAACAAACUCUGGUAUCGAAGUCAUCGCUGAGCACCGGGUGUUCAGCAACACUGCCUUUACAAUACCUUUUGGACCACUAGACAGAGCAGUGACCGAUCAAUUAGAUUUCAUUGAACUUUCUGGUGCAACACCUGAUAUCAAGAGUGUAUCCCACCCUCGAUACAGAGGCAUAUCUACUGAAAAACGAGAUCCAACACACCGGGAAAGGCUUCACACACUUCAUAAGUACAGGGAUUCAAAUGAACAUCAAAACAGUCGCAAAAGUUGUGGACGACUGACUCGGAGUCCAUUGAAAUGCGGUUACAAUAAUUGCGGACAAAGUUUUGAUUACGAGUCGUUGCUAAAUCAGCACAAACUCAUUGCACACAAUAUACAACAGCCGUAUGUAUGCGAAUACGACGGCUGCGGCACAAGAUUUUUCGACGCCAUUGUAUUCAACGCGCAUAAAAGUGCUGCCCAUCGGCCACCACGAGUCACGAGUGAUCUACCAGUGCCUGAUCCUCGCACUGACACUGAACUGGAUAUUAAUGAAGAUCUGAGUGAUAGUAAUACUUCUGAAACAGAUGUCAUUGCGUUGAUAGCACCCGAUGUUGAGGCGGAACAGACGGUAACUGGUCUCCCGGUGCCCACCAAUUCAAACUCUACCAGAGGCAACAAAUCAGUUGUUAAUACAGAUAAUAAUGGCAUCAAUAUUUGCAUUAACAUUGAUUUCAUACCACUGGCAAACGAGUCAACCAUUGCUGCAAACAAUUCAAGGAUUAUAGCCAACAGUAUUGAAAACACAAAAACUGUUCAAAACAGUCAACCCAUGGCUGACAAACAAUCCGCUAAUAAAAAGGCGAAAAGUUCUCACAAAUCAUCGAAACCUAAACUUUCGGAUCCAAACGAAUUUAGGUGCGAUUUCAAACGUUGUCGAAAAGUGUGCCGGCUCCAAUCGCAUCUAAAUCAGCACAAACAAACUGUUCAUAAUAUUAGUCCGCCAUUUGUGUGCGAUUACGUCGGCUGCCAUCAAAGGUUUUACGAUUCAAACAAUUUGAAUAAACACAAGCGUAUGAAUCAUUCAGCAAAUGGUGCAAAACGUGGCACUGAAAAGCUACCGGAGCCACCGAAACCGAUGGACACUGGCAUCGACUCUUGUCAUAAUGAUUCAGAUUCUGAUAUCGAAGUGAUUGCUGUAAUACCGGCGCCUAAGACCACAACCCCUACUACACAACAGGACAGUCCAAUCGCAGUACCGGUCGAUGAAAGUCGAGAUAUUGAGCCCUCAAUACAGAGUAAUACCUAUACCUCUGAUGGUAUCUCUAUGGCUAACACUAGUAUCGAUGCAACAAAUACUAGCCAUACAAACACUGCUACCACUGAUAACACGCCUUCCCUCACGUGUCAAUACAAGGCUUGCCUCAUAAAGUUUGCUCCGAUGCCUACGCCUCGUAAUGACAUCCAUAACACUCAUAAUCCACUGAAAUGUGACUUCAAAUGUAGCGAACAAUUCAAAUACGAGUCGGACCUCAAUAAACACAAACACGUGGCCCACAAGUGGUGCGAGCCGUAUGAAUGCGAUUAUAAAAAGUGUGGCAAAAGAUUUUGCAGUAUGUCUCACUUGAGUAAACACAAUCAUAAGGCACACGAAUUGAAAGUCUCGUACAUGUGUAAAGGCUACGGCGACUGUGCCAGUACUGUCGGACGUACCGAUUCAAUGGCCAACACAUUGCAUAAUAACUCAACCGAUGAUGAUAUCGAGGUUAUAGCCGUCCACCCGGUGCUCACUUGUAAUACAAAUGAAAACCGAUUGCCAACACCGGGUGACAGUGAACCACGUGUUCCGUGCCCUUCAACGCCACCCACGUACACAAAACAAUAUAUUAAAUCGUUGAGGAAGUCGACGUCUGGUUUCUAUGACUGCGAGUGCGGACAAAGUUUUGCCAAAAAGCUAGCAAUUGCCGAAAAGAAUGCCUUAAGCAACAAGAUUUAG